CGAAUGGGUGUGCGUGUGCUUACGAGGCGCAGCGGUGGGGGCUGGUGAGCCAGAGCCAGAGCCAGAGGCAGCCAGCGACCAAAGCAAGCACUUCCGUCUCUUCUGUCCUCUCCUCUCCUCUCCUGGCCCUCGUGGAACGUCUGUCAAGGCCUCGGCUGCCAGGCCAGGCCGUGUUUAGUCCCUCUCCCCGCCUCACUCCGUCGCCGACCCACCUUCCAUCUCUGCCACCCGGCCCCAACCCUCGCUGGUUCUUCUGUCACUAGCAAGCAGGUAGCACUGCAAGGGCGCCUGGGUCUGAUUCCCACUCUGCCCUCUCUCUCUCUCUCUCUCCCUCUCCCCCGACCCCUCCCCCCGCCCCCCACCGUUGGCUCGUGCUGUUGUGUAUAGUUUGGUGUGUAAUGUGCGUUUCUGAAUCUCGACGUCCGCUUCAGGACCCGUCGGCUGCAUUGGGGUCGGCCACGAAUCAGCCCUCGGGCUCUGAAGACUGCAACGUCGUCGUCGGCAGGAGAGGUGUGGAAGACGCGCUGUUUUAGAUCCUUGGUAGUGCUGAAUGUAGGUUUGUGAAGUUGUGUACAGGAGGAGCGGUGGAGAUGUGGGAUUGAGUCUGUCUCCAAUUCCGGCGUGCUGUGGCUUGUGUGAUCGGCAGCAUUCCGGGUAGAAGAUUGUAAGAAGCGAGCGAGCCGGCCAGCCUCGGGAGCGUAGGCAGGAAGCGAGAUCGGUAGAAAGUAAUUGUUGAUUAGGAGGAAGGUGGAAGGAACGAGGAUCGAAAAGGUCUAGAGAUCGUUAGGGCUGCACAGGUGCGGUAGACGAGCACUGAGGACGAGCACGAGAAGUUGUUGUGGUGAUCAUUUCAGUCGUGGUCGUGGUCGUCGUAGUGGUUGUGGUUGUGGUCGAGAAGGCGAAGGGAAACGAGGGAUUGGGGGAAGAUGAACUUCCUGAGGUCCGGGCUGUUCAGCGACUCGGAGAGCAGGCCGCCACAUGCGACGAGCGGGGAGGAGGAGGAGGAGGCGAAGGAGGCCGGACGAGACGACGGGAUGAGAAAGGACGAGCAGCAGGCGGAGGCGAUGGCGAGUCCGUGGAGUUUCGGCUUUGGGAGCCUGGUGAAGACGCUGGCGUCGAAAUCCGGGGAGGUGCUGCAGGCGUACCAGCGGGAUCUGCACGAGUUCGCCGACGGUUUGAAGAAGGAGACGGAGGUGGUGGCCGAGGUGACGGUGCACGCCGUGAAGGAUCUGCCGCACACGCUCGAGACGGGCGCCGUGGUGGCGCAGGAGUCGCUGGAGACCGUGGGGCAGACGCUGGAGGAUUUCGGGGGGUCGAUAUGGCGAGGGACGACGGAAUUGAUCGCCUCGGUGAAGGAAGCGGUGCAGAAGGUGGACGAGGAGGCGGCCGCCAACUCCAAGGCCAAGGCGAAUGUGGCGCGCGAGGCCUCGGCCACCCCGGCGGCCAAUUGGAAGUACAAUCGCUACGAAGCGCAGGUCAAUGCCAUGCAGCGCGACAGCAGCACCUACUGCGACGAGCCCGAGGACGAGGACGACUUCGCGGCCUGGCGCUCGUCCUUCCGCCUGAGCGAGAAGCAGGGCGACAUCGAGGCCGUGACCAAGGACAACGCCUUCAUGCAGGAGCUCCAGGCCCGAAUCGUGCCCCUGAUCGUCGAGCACGAGGUCUUCUGGACCCGCUACUUCUACCGCCUGCACAAGCUCCAGCAGGUCGAGGACGCCCGAGCCGAUCUCGUCAAGCGCGCCACUCUUCUCGAGGACGAGGAGCUCACCUGGGACGUCGAGGAGGAUCUCGACGACCUCAAGAGCCCGGCCGAGCCCCGCUCGGAGGGCGCAGCCUCUUCUGCUGCCCCCGCCUUCGCCCCCGCCCCCGCCAUCGCAGCCGAGCCGGUGGCCUCGUCCGGCCGGGGCAAGGAAGUCGCCGAGCGAGAGGUCGCUGGCCCCGCAUCGCCCUCGGGAAGCGGCGUCAAGGCCGAGCACCAUCAGCACCAUCAGCACCAGCAGCACCCGGAGAUCGCCCCGGAGGCGUCCGCAGGCAUUCCCGACGAGGAAUCUGUGAGCGAGGGGAGCACCGGGAGCGAUUGGCUGGUCGUGCAGGACGAGAAGGAUCAAGGGGCGGGCGAUGACGGAGCCCAGCAAAAGCCGGGCAAGGAAGCCGUGCCAUCGGUGGUCGGGAAAGGACGACAAUCUGCUGAUGAGGCCGACGAGCCGGAGCUGGAGGAUAUUGGUGACAUCGCCGUGGACGCCAUGCCCCGAGGCUCCUCCGAUUCGAGCAAGAGCAACAAGGUUGUAGAUAAGAAGCCCGUUGCCGACGAGACCGAGGACUGGGGUGACUGGGAGUGACGAUGUACUCUAAGCGUAAAUAAUUGAGCGAACGGCGAUUGAACAUGAUUUGAAGCCUAUUGUUAUUUGUGAAUAGGGGCGGUUUUUCCUUUUUUUUCUUCAGUAGCUCGAUCGGUCUCCGGAGGCGAAAUGUGAUAGUUAAAAUAAACUUAGCGGAUCAUCAUCUAGUGCAGGUUUCGAAAUUACGAGCGAUAUAGGAGAGUAGGACUCAUUACAUAGUCGGACUGCUCUCGGCUCUCCACUCUGCUCCGCCCGGUCUGAGCAGCAGCAGCAGCAAGAGGUGGUGGUGGUCGAGAGUUGGGAAAGUUCCAGCCUGGUUCUUUUGACAUUCAACCGUGUGCAAGCACAUUUGUAUAGUCUCAUUGCAGCAAAAAAAUUUGCUCAUAGGUUUCCAGAGGUCUUUCGAGUCAGGCCGAGGAAACCUCUAGGUCAUUAUCAUAUUAGCGUCAUGGUUGCAGCCUGUAUCGUCAACGUGACCAAUCUCGAUGACAUUGUCAAAGAAGGUGCCUGAUUCGUACGACUGCCUUUGACUUUGGAUUCAGAUCGAAGGGAUCAUUGCUUCCACAGGGGAAUUUCCUGAUUGUAACGAUCUCGGAAGAGAUAUUUUCCGGACUGGGAUUGCUAAUGACUCAUUUCACAUUUUCUCACCCUGGCUCGUGUCCAAAGUCGGGUCUUUGUCUGGGUUCUGCAAAGUUCUUCACACCGCUUUCAGCCCCUCGAGAAUUAGUCGAGGAGACCAUGCUCUGUUUUCAACUGUGGAUGCCUCGGCCAGAAGAAUCGUGACGAAGGAACCGGGCCUGUUGGAGAGCAAUGAUUCCCAACCUUGGAUCAUCCGACCCCCC